AAAAUUAUCCUCCAAAUAAAAGCAAACAAAAACAGGAAAGCUCAUCACUCAUCAGCUUGGCUUGGAAUUUGGAUGAUGGUGUCAUAUGUUUGCUGUCUUUCCAUUCUCAUGCACACUUGUCAUUCACCAUCAUCAUUUUUCGUUCUUCAUCAAUCUCAUUUUCCCUUUCUCUCUCUUUCUCCUUCGAUUUCACUCUUUCCGCCACUUUUAAUCUCAAUUUCUUCCUCCUAGAUCUCUUUUCACCCUACUUUAUUACCCUCAUUCGCUUUAAUAAUUCAUCAAUUUAAGUGGGUUUCUUUUUGUCUUUACAAUAGUUUUCUUUUUUGGGUUAUUGAAUUCAUCAUUUAAAAACGUAAUUCAAGAAAUUUGAUGAACUAUGAUGUUGAAAAAUGGGGAAAGAUUGGUUCUUUUAUGGGGAUUGAUGAUAAUUUUGUUUCUUUCAGCAAUAAACCCUAAUUCAGCUUUUGACUCUAUUGAUAAUGAAUUUUCACUUAUUGGGGCUGAUGAUUCAUACUUAUUUCAUGGUGAUUAUUCUCCUCCUACGCCUCCACCUCCUGUUCUUCCCCCAUUUCCGCCUUCCGCUUCGUGUGAAGGCGAUCUUAAUGGUUUUGGAUCACUUGACAGUUUAUGCAAACUUAAUUCUAGCUUAGAAUUAUCUAAUGAUUUGUAUAUAGUUGGAGAUGGUAGUUUAGAGAUUGAUUCUGGUGUGAAAAUUAGUUGCCCUUUUUUUGGCUGUUCAAUUACUAUCAACAUAAGUGGAGAUGUUAAAUUUGGUCGAAAUUCUACUGUGAUUGCCGGAUCAUUUUGGGUUGUUGCGAAUACGGCUACUUUUUUAGAAGGUGCAAUUGUUAAUGUUAGUGCAUUAGGCGGACCGCCUCCUGCUCAGACUAGUGGAACACCAGUUGGAUUGCAGGGAGCCGGUGGGGGGCAUGGUGGGAGGGGUGCUAAUUGUUUGGCUGAUAAUUCUAAGCUCCCUGAGGAUGUAUGGGGUGGUGAUGCUUAUGCUUGGUCCGAGGUUGAUGAACCAUGGAGUUUUGGUAGUCGCGGUGGAACUACUAGUAAAGAAGAGGAUUAUGGUGGUGGUGGUGGUGGGAGGAUAAGGUUGAAUGUAAUUGAAUCGGUUGAAUUAGGUGGGAGUCUUUUGGCUGAUGGUGGCAAUACUGGUAUUAAAGGAGGAGGAGGAUCCGGUGGCAGCAUAUACAUUAAGACUCGUAAAAUGACUGGAAAUGGUCGGAUUAGUGCAUCUGGAGGUGAUGGCUUUGCAGGAGGUGGUGGUGGAAGAGUUUGUAUUAAUAUCUUCAGCAGGCGGGAUGAUCAAGAAUUUUAUGUUCACGGGGGCAGAAGUUUUGGUUGCCCAAAAAAUUCAGGUGCAGCUGGAACAUUCUAUGAUUAUGUUCCGCGGAGGUUGAUUAUCAACAAUUAUAACUUGUCAACAGACACAAACACACUUCUUCUGGAAUUCCCUAACCAACCGCUAUGGACAAAUGUCUACAUAAGAAAUCAGGCAAAGGCUACUGUUCCAUUGUUUUGGAGUCGCGUGCAGGUCCAAGGGCAGCUUAGUCUGACUUCUGGUGCAGCUUUGACGUUUGGUCUGGCACAUUAUGCAUCAUCAGCAUUUGAGUUAAUUGCCGAAGAACUCUUGAUGAGUGACUCGUUGAUUAAGAUAUAUGGCGCUUUACGUAUGACUGUAAAGAUGCACCUAAUGUGGAACUCAAAAAUGUUGAUUAAUGGCAGUAGUGAUGCUAUUGUUGCUACUUCUCUUCUUGAAGUCAGCAAUCUGUUGGUUCUAAAGGAAUCAUCUGUAAUACAUUCUUCUGCAAAUCUAGGAGUUCAUGGACAAGGAUACUUGAAUUUGACUGGCCCUGGAAAUGUCAUCGAGGCUCAACGUCUUGUUCUUUCAUUAUUUUAUAGUAUCUAUGUUGGGCCAGAAUCAUUUUUGCGUGGUCCUUUGAUAAACGCAAGCACCGAUAAUGGGUCCCCCCAACUUUACUGUGAACAGCAAGAGUGCCCUGCUGAAAUACUUCAUCCACCCGAAGAUUGUAAUGUCAACUCCUCACUUCCCUUUACCUUACAGAUUUGUCGUGUUGAAGAUGUUAGCAUUGAAGGUGUGGUGGAAGGAUCUGUUGUUCAUUUCCACUGGGUCAGAUUUGUGGCAAUUCCACCUACAGGAAUGAUUAGUGCAUCCGGAUUGGGUUGCAUUGGAGGUGUCGGCCGAGGAAACCUUUCUAGCAAUGGUCUCGGAGGGGGUGGUGGACAUGGUGGUAGAGGCGGAGAUGGAUACUUUGAUGGAAAAUUUGUUGAUGGUGGUGGUGCAUAUGGUGAUGCUGAAUUGCCUUGUGAACUUGGUAGUGGCAGUGGAAACCACAGUUUACCAGGAUCUACUGCUGGUGGGGGUAUAAUUGUGAUGGGUUCUGUGGAGCACUCUCUUCCAAGCAUGGAAAUCCAUGGUACUAUAAAUGCUGAUGGGCAGAGUUAUGAAGAGGGCAUUGUAAAGCAAGAAAGUGCAAUGCUACAAAACAUUGGCCCUGGUGGUGGUUCUGGUGGUACCAUUCUUAUAUUUGUUCACACAUUAGUUCUUAGAAAUUCUUCAAGGAUUUCUGCUGUUGGAGGAACUGGUAGUCCAAAAGGAGGCGGCGGCGGUGGUGGUGGAAGAGUUCACUUUCAUUGGUCAGAUAUUCCUGUUGCAGAUGAGUACCAGCCCAUAGCUAGAGUGGGUGGGAGUAUCCUUGUUCGAGGUGGCCUGGCAAAAAGUCAAGGGCAUUCUGGGGAAGAUGGAACGGUUACUGGAAAGGCCUGCCCAAUAGGGCUCCAUGGAAUCUUUUGUGAGGAAUGCCCUAUUGGCACAUUCAAAAAUGUCACCGGAUCGGAUUUUUCUCUCUGUCAUAGUUGCCCUGCUUAUGAGCUUCCUGAACGUGGCAUGUAUAUUGCUGUCCGAGGUGGUGUUACUAAAACUCCUUGCCCUUACAAGUGCAUAUCUGAAAGAUAUCACAUGCCUCACUGCCGCACAACAUUGGAAGAAUUAGUAUACACAUUUGGUGGGCCGUGGCUGUUUGGUUUUUUCCUUCUUAGUAUCCUCAUUCUGCUAGCUUUAGUUCUUAGUGUUGCACGGAUGAAAUUUGCUUCUGGGGAUGAUCCUCCAGGUCUGUUACCCCAUCGACGACGUACACAACUAGAUCAUUCCUUUCCUUUCCUUGAAUCCUUGAAUGAGGUGAUGGAGACUAAUAGAAACGAGGAAGCACAGAGCCAUGUACAUAGAAUGUAUUUCCUCGGCCCAAAUACAUUUAGUGAACCAUGGCAUCUACCUCACUCACCUCCAGAGCAAGUUAAAGAGAUAGUGCAUGAGGAUGCGUUUAUUCUCUUUGUGGAUGAGAUAAAUGGAAUAGCUUCAUACCAAUGGUGGGAAGGGUCUGUGUACAGCAUUCUUUCUGUGUUGGCAUAUCCACUGGCAUGGUCAUGGCUGCAAUGGUGUCGAAAAAAUAAGCUUCAGCGGUUGCGUGAGUUUGUCCGUUCAGAAUAUGAUCACUCAUGCUUACGUUCCUGUCGCUCUCGUGCUCUUUAUGAAGGACUUAAGUUAUCUGCUACUUCAGACUUGAUGCUUGCAUUCUUGGACUUUUACCUGGGUGGAGAUGAAAAGCGUUCUGACCUUCCUCCUCGACUUCACCAGCGCUUACCUUUGACCAUGAUAUUUGGAGGUGAUGGAAGUUAUAUGGCUCCAUUUUCGCUUCACAAUGACAAUGUAUUAACUAGCCUAUUGAGUCAGUCUAUGCCACCAACAGUUUGGUAUCGACUUGUAGCUGGUCUCAAUGCUCAAUUACGUUUGGUUCGUCGUGGACAACUUAAGUUGACUUUUGAACCUGUUGUCAACUGGCUUGAAAUCUUUGGAAACCCUGUCCUUAGUAUCCAUGGUCUGCGAGUUGAUCUGGCGUGGUUUCAGCCGACUACUUUUGGUUACUUUCAGUUUGGGCUUGUGGUUCGCAAGGCGAGAACAGUGCAGCCAACUGGGAGCAGUAUCAAUCACCACUCUCCUCCAAAGUCGCCAUCAAGAGUUUAUAGAGGUGAUCAGCCCGACCACACGAAAGACAAUGAACUGCAGAUAGUGAAUAAGAAAAUAUCGGGAUGUAUUCUCCAAGACAAGACCUUGCACAUGCUUAAAGACAGCUGGAACCUUUCUUAUCCUCUCAGCCUUAUAGCAUGUAAUACCAAGCCGGCUGGGCAUCAGGAUCUAAUUGGUCUUGCCCUGUCGACACUACUGCUUGGAGAUUUUAGCUUAGUUGUUUUGAUGCUGAUACAGCUAUAUUCGACUUCACUUCUUGACUUCAUUCUAGUUCUUUUUGUUCUUCCUCUUGGAAUAUUACUUCCGUUUCCCGCUGGAAUAAAUGCUUUGUUCAGCAGAGGACCCAAAAAAUCUGCUGGUCUGGCACGCAUACACGCUCUUUGGAACAUCACUUCGUUUAUCAAUGUGAUAACUGCUUUAAUAUGUGGACUUGUUCAUUACAAGAAUCAACCAAGCAAGAAAGCUGGGGAAGUCCAUUCAUGGAAUCUAAGCAGGGAAGAAAGCGAAUGGUGGGUUCUGCCGACAGGUUUAGUUCUGUGUAAGCUUAUUCAAGCCCAACUUAUCGAUUACCAUAUUGCUAACCAGGAGAUUCAGGAUCUAACAUUAUACAGCAAAGACCCUGACCAGUUCUGGCAGUCAUAAUUUUUUUCGUACUGUCAACAUAAAUCGGAACUGAGAUCUUUACGCUUUUCCGAUAUCUUUACUGUCGUCAAACGGCAUAUCGUAUAUCCUGACCCGAUAUAAACUCAUAUAGUCUUAGAGUAGUGAGGAUCGAGGAAUGUGUAUUUGGUCAUUUCUCCUAUAUAAAUCUCACCAUCAUUUGGGAGGUCUCAUUUUGAGUAAAGUUUAUUCUUUCUUGUUAAUAUAUUGUAUAUAACAUCAUAAAUGUUAAAAGCUUGAGAAAUCAUGCCAAGUAUGUGAUUUCAAUGCUGUUUUUUUUUUUUUUUUUUUUAAAUUUCUGACUACUGAAUUGGAAAUUAUUGGAAAACUGUUUUGAGCAUAUUAUUGUAAA